AUGACUGUCGCAGACACCGCCUGGUCUCCAGAUGAUGUUCCGACCAUAAUUAUUCCGCACUAUCGUGACAAUGGCGACACACACCACCUCCCGCGCUACACACCGGAUCGACACGCUUCAACACGUCUGCACGUGACCAAGUCGCUCACCGCUGAAGCAGCCAGACCAGUCCACCUCAUCCCCGGGAGGCCCGCGCAAUGGCCAGCAGAAUGGCGCCGUUCCUGCUGCCACGGACUCGGCGUGGUGCGCCAGUCGGCAACGACCAGGGGCCACUCUUGCACAGUCUUGCGCGACCACAUUGCGCGAGCAAAUCACCAUACAAAUAAGAGCUUUCUUAAGAAUGGCGCCUGUGCGGGGUUUGGCCAGUUCGUGGCUGAUGCGGCCGGAGUCGGUUUAGUUAACUACCUGAACACUAAAUUCACUCGUGGGCCCCGUUCUAGGCGCUGCUCAUCCACUCAUUCCGAUGAUGAGUUUUAG